GGAUGAACUGCUAAAUGUUUGGUUUCAGUCGGAAUUUGCAUCAAAGAAAGGAUUCGCCAACCUUCGAGCAGCAAAAGUGAUGCAGGCAUUGGAUGCCUCUCCGGAUCGGUCAAUGGUCGACAUGUGAUCAUGAUUGACGACAUGCUUGACACGGGGAAAACGCUCAGAUUCGCUAUGGAGGUUUUGGAACGAGAAGGAGCAGCAUCGGUACACUUUUUAGCAACACAUGGCCUCUUCUCAGCCGGUUGUGUUGACGUGGUCAAGUCUUAUGACCAAGACUUUCUCAAGGCAGUGGUUGUCACCAAUUCCAUCCCUCAAGACGAGGUCAAGAAGCUUCUACCCUCGUUGCACAUUAUUGAUGUAGCAGGUCUGAUCGCGGAAUUUGUCAGACGGCAUCAUUACAGGGAGAGUGUUUCUGUGCUCAGCCAAUUUAUGCCUAUUCGUGAUGAGCAUCAACCUGAUUUGGUGCCCGAGCGUUUGGCCAGCCUUAGGCUCGCAGAAGGCCAAGUUUCGGGUUUGAUACCCGAUGAAGGGACCUCCUCGGCCUUUGAACCUUCGGACGCUUUGGAGGAUCCGAUUGAUGAGGAUACGCAAGGUGAACAACUGGCCGACCGACAACUAAUGAAAAUUCGGAAAGGUUUUCGGUUGAGCUCAGUGUGUUGGGAUUAAUUUGACCUAGGUAU